CACUCGUCGACACGCCUCUUCCAUCCAAACAACGGGUCAUCGUCAGAAUCACCACAGAUAUUCAUUAUACCCCCCUUGCAUUUCUGUUAUUUUUCUAUGACUACUGGCAUCUAAAGCAGACAGUUACAGUUCCUAGACGGCUACAGCCGUUGAUCAACAAACACCAUGGUCUGUCUACCCACCCACGACUCUACUACUCUGGAGUAUAUCAAACAAAAGCAAUAAAGAGAGAAAACAGAAUACCAACUAAUUACCAAAUUCUAUGCAGCCCCCCAAACUCUCCAAAAGCGCUAAACAAGACCUCAUCAUCUCCCACCUUCGAUCCACGCGUACCUGUCACACGCUCAAAGACCUCGAGAAAAUGCUCCCCUCCGUGGCCUCGAUCAACGGCAUGCAGGUCAAAGAAUACAUCCAGAACCUGACGGACGAAAAUCUCAUCCGGGUGGAAAAAAUCGGAAGCGGGAAUUGGUACUGGUGUUUCGGGAGCGACGAGAAAAAAGCGCGGGAGACUCGUCUCGGUCAACUGCAGAAGGAAGUGGAGAAGGCCCAAGCGAGCUACGACGAAGUGGGAUCGUGUUUGGCCGAGCAGUUGGCGAAACGGGAGGCCGAAGCGAACGGGAGCGGGGGCGAGGCCGACGGCGACGGAAAUGAGAAUGAGAGAGAAAGGCUACUGGGUGAGAAAGGGAAAUUAGAGAAGGAAGUCCAGGGAUUACAGGCGCAGUGGAAGGGUGUCAUGGCGUCUACAGGGGACGGAGAGGGGAAGAGCGUGCAGGAGAAAAAGGCCGAACUGGAGACACUGCGACAGACGGUGCAGGAGUGGACCGACAACAUCUACAUCCUGGAGGAGUACUUGGGUAGGCUCGCCGGCGGGGAUCGGGAAAUUAUCGCGGCAGUGCAGCAGGAGUGUUAUGGGGAGGAAUAUGUGGAGGGCGAGGGAUUGCGGGAGAUAUAAUUGUGUACAGAACACUCUGCAUGUAUUUUCCAACAGUGUCUGUGUCAGUACGGAACCCCCACGACAUACGGGUGCUUAGUAGUAGUGGAGAGCCCAAGAGAAAGCAAAAGCUUGACUUGUGCCAAACGCGCGAAUCCUUUUCUCCGCCUCCGCUGCUUAUCGCGAACUGUUCCCUUCACCACCAGCACCAACACCCUCCUUCUACUCACAGCAUACCCUCUCCAUCUUCCUUGCAUUUAUUAUUAACCGGGUUAUAUUGCUCUGAGAGCGUUUUUAUCCGCAUCAUCC